GUGGCUGGCAGUCAACAUACGCCUGACAAAAAUCAAGGCUUUCUAUUGAAAAAUGGCUUCAUACAAGGUCCUGCGCUCAGCAGUUUACGCAGUUGCGAUACUUUACACUAUCAUUGUGUCCAUCAGUGAAUCGGCGAAUCUCGCUAAGUCAGAGGGCAGUGAUGAGCUUGUAGAGUGUCCAGAAAAGUGUGACAAAUCCAACAAUUACACCUGUGCUGGGAAUUGCACUUGUGUUUACGUGGCCGGCAACGAUAAGGGCACCUGCUUCGACUUAAGUGGUUUAGACUAUCUUUAAGCUGCCGACAGCACCAAAUAAUGCCAACGGAACAUCCAAGCAAAAUAUUCUGUAAUCACUGCGAUUUGCCACAACACAGAAGUCGCUUGAAAUAAAGUCUUUGUAUUUCAGCG